AUGGCUUCUAUAGGCAAACUCGUUAAUGCGUUGGUGCAUGGAAGCCAAGAGGCGACCCUCGCACUUGCCAACAUCAACUUUGAUUUCUCUCUCGUCAAGUUGGAAGCUCCUGCAGAAUUUCAUGGAUUGGGCGCUGCACUGACGCAACGCCGCAAAGCAGUAGCUGAAACCGGGGCGAGCCACGUGACGGCACGGAAGUUGGGCGCUCUUUUCGACUCCUGCCUUCCGUCGACGCCGAAGCUUAUACAAGCUUAUGGCAACAGAGUAUCCGAAGUUGCCAAGGACCCACGUUUUGGGUCAGAAGCUACGGCUGCAAAAGGAAUUUUUGCUGAUUAUGUCGGUAUCGACGGUACGAGCAUUUGGGCGGCUGCCACCUCGGGUAGCACUUCUAUUGCCGUCCACCUUCUCGCAUGCAUAUUAGCUAGGUUGUGGACUACCUCUGAAGCAACUUCAAUAUGGGUGGAGCUUGUUCAGGAAAGGAAGAAAGAGCUUGGGGACCUAAAUUCAUCAGAACCUCUUCAUCUGUCGACAUUGACAGCAGCGCAUAUAGACAUAUCCCGCGACCAUCUGGCAGAAUGGGACAACAGCGCCAGGGCUUGGCUUCGAGCAGCGGACGAAGCGAAAUCUCUCCAACAGAAGCAGCUAACGCUCAUUGUCGAGAACCUCACAGUCCCUAUCUCUAGCCACAAAACUGGUACUUACAAAAGUGUUUUGCAUGUAUGGAAAAAUGCACUGCGCUUGAUGGAGAAUGUUCUGUGUGGCAUGCCGCAAGCAGUCGAGGAUGGUGCUCUGCUGCUGGGUCUCGCCUGUUGGCAUAUUUAUCCUGAUCUGAAUCUCCACGGCAACCUUAAAGUUGAACAGCAUGACAACCUCGUUCCGAAAGGUGUUUUCAUCACCGUUGGCUUAGAAACUUCUCCCGCACAACAUGUGGGCGGGGUCAUCUGGUCGCUUCCCCUAGCGCAUUACCGCUAUUAUGGCUCCCCCAAGUCCUCGACACGUACCUUGUGCAAUGACACUGAACGUGUAAGCUUUGAGGGAUUCCUACAGGUAGCGUUAGGAGCAUAUCUACACAAUUGGCCAGACGCUCUUGCCAAGUUGGAAGAAUACGCACAGUUUCUGGUUGAAUUCUCGGCCUACUUGGAUGUUCUAGGAGACGAAACUUUUUCUCAAACAAAGGAUUGUUCUGCCGGAGAAUCACCACAAAGAAAUGACUGGCUUCAAGUCCUUGCUCAAGCUUCCCAGAAACUGCUCGACUCAAAAGGUGUGGACCGUGCCAUGUGCCUACGGCUUGCAAAAUUAGGUCAGCGAAGGGCUAAGGACCUCCUCGGCCGCACACUCCCAAUGUUUGGGCUUACGGAAAUGGAAAUUCUUCUGUCUCUCUUGUCACAUAGAGAGGACAAAAUUGCACUACUACGUCGGAUUGCGAGCAGACUUGCCUCCAAAACAAAUGCUGGGCCCAACGAUAUUUACAUUUCAUACGAUGCGCCUCGACUUGAACAGUUCACUGCGGCAUGGGGCAAUAUAGAAGCCGAAGGAUACGAAUUGGAAGAAACACGCGGCCCAGUCCCCGUAUACUUGACUGCGAUUCCGAUUUUAGAACCAACAAAGAAAAGAAACAACUCAGGUACAGUGCUAUCCAAUAGCUACCAUCAAAGGUGGAUAGCGCCCAUACAUGCAACCCACCGCAUGGAAGCGACCAAGCACUUUGAGGAUGUUCAGAAGAAAAGAAAUGAGAGAACCUCUAGCGAUCCUACUGAAGAAUAUAUAAUCGACCAAACUGCCCCAAUUGGCCUUCAAUCAAUCGGACCUGAUCGAUUCGCUAUAACGUCCGGAACGAAUGGCCUCGACCUGUUUAUAAGCCCUCAAAUCCAGGAAAACAUGGAACCCUCCCGUUUAAAAGCUCAGAAAGAAGAUAUUUCAUGGGCUCUUUCAACCAAUGCCCUUGACGUACAGAAACUGGUCCGAUACAUCAGUCUUGAAAGUCAGUUCUCGAAUGAGGUUGGACUGAGCUUGGAAUGGAGCGGUUUAGAGUGGGACGAAGAAUACCAUAACUCGAUGCGGUCACUCAGUACCAUUGCUUCGAUUUACAAAAAUUUCGAGAACGCUACUGUAGCUCUCAAGGGGAUCUCUCGUCCUCUUUCGAGCUUAUAUUGGCACAAAUCCUGUGUGGAAAAAGAGGAUGAUGAUCCCUUCACUAGGCCGUCUCCUAGCGGAUUCUCUGCAUUCAAACUUACAAGAAAAGAAGCAUUUGCAUUGCUUAUUAGUAUGGAAACGGGCGAGGUAAACCUAAGGCCAGAAAGCCUUGACCAUGUCAUGGCCAUGUCUUCGGGCGACUCUCUUUUUGUUUCGAGGUUGAUCCUCUCGGACCCGGAAGAAGUUCCAGACAAGACAAAGCCUAUCAUCCAACGUAUUAGGGGCAACAUUGGCAAGGCGGGCAUUGCAAUGCUCGUAUCCCCUUCUGAUCCUCUGAUCAAAUCAGUAGGCAGUUCGGAUUGGAGACUUAUCAACCACAAUCAAUUUGAUGGGUGUCUGACGGAUUCGUUUUCAGACACAUCACUUCACCUCUCCUUCACUGACUACAAAAUGCCCAUUGACACUGGAGUAUAUGGCUCCAGAGACGCAGAGAUAUUUCUCAUGGAGGCAAUCGUCUCAGUUCAUGACCGCGGUGCAUGGAUAGCCGAUUUGGACAUCAUCAAGGCCUCGGAGAAACUGUACCACGCCUUGGAGCAACCGUGGCACAUCAACCGAACUUGCGAACAUGAUAAUGGAUAUCAUAACAGACGGCUCAACGCUAUCGCGAUCGAUAACUGGGAUGAAUUCCUCGAUAAACCUGAAUCCUUAUGUAUCGUACGAGCAUGGGGGAACUGGGUUGCAAGGCUGUCAGCUGCAACUAUCAGUGCUCAGCGCUCAGACAAACACUGUCGUACAGUUAUUGUUCCGAGAUCAGAGAAAAUUUGCUGGGAGUGUAUCAUGCAAUUCGCAGAUAAUGAACAGGGCGUUCUGAUUUGUUGA